UCACACAUUUUCUAAUAUGCUCUUUUCAUCUUAAUUCCAUACAUUCCGCCACCGUUCAUCGGAGCAACCUUCGCCGUAAACCACCAGACCCUCUAUCACAUCGAAUUUGGGUUUGGAGGAAACGGGUUUUUGACUUGAAAAGCAGAUUAGUGAUUCUCUGUCACAGAAUCACAGUAGUUGAUAACGUUGAAUGGCUAUGAUCACAACCACAUAUCCUACUUUUGGAGGAAGGUGAGGAAAGAAAGAAUCAUGCUACCUUGAGAUCAAAGCUUGAACUUCCCCUACAGGGUCACUGCCACACUCUCCAACUUUGUUCAUUGUUUGUUGGUUCCGAUCUGAAACUGAAACUGAAACCUUGGUGUGGUGAAGCUCCCAUUCUAGAAAAAUGUCCCACAGCUUGAGGUCCCUCAUAAGGCUUCUCAACCACACUCGCUCUCUCUCCACAGAGGCUCACACCCAGAAGCUUGAACGCAUAGCUGAUGAGCUCCUCCACCUCGACAAGCUUGAAAGGCAUGACUUUACCAUCCUCUGGAGGCUCAAGAUGGGUCUCAACCGCUAUGGGGCCCCUGUUGCCGAGCUCGGCCCAUGUGGCCCAGCCUCUACCCCAACUGGGUCUGAGGCAGUGGAGGAGAAGAAGACAGCAUUUGAUAUAAAGCUGGAGAAGUAUGAUGCUGCCGCCAAGAUCAAGAUCAUCAAGGAGGUGAGGGCGUUUACAGAUUUGGGGUUGAAGGAAGCUAAGGACUUGGUGGAGAAGGUUCCCUGUAUUUUGAAGAAGGGACUCACCAAGGAGGAGGCUGAUCCCAUCAUUGACAAGCUUAAAGACUUGGGUGCCAUUGUUGUAUUGGAGUGACAAAAUGUUACUCCUGUUCUUUUGUCCCUGUUCAGUCCUAGUUGAAAGUUAUUUGAAAGUUUGUUUUGAUUGAAGUUAUAGAGUAAGUAAUAGUUUGAUACUCUUUUUAUUAUUGCUUUUUUGGGUUUGUGGUCUAUUAGUUUUGCUAAUUCCAUUGUGAACUUCAUUUGAUGAGAAAACAAAGUCUCUUAGGGGCCUGUUUACUGGCGCAAACAACGAUUGAUGUUACUGAUAAAUUAUCUCCAUAUUUUUUAGAAAGUGGGAAGUUAC